CGUUACAUAUAACGGACCCCAUAUCUCCUAAACUCUAUAUAGUGUUACAUAUAACGGACCCCAUAUCUCCUAAACUCUAUAUAACGUUACAUAUAACGGACCACAUAUCUCCUAAACCCUAUAUAGCGUUGGAUAUAACGGACCCCAUACCUCCUAAAUCCUAUAUAGCGUUACAUAUAACGGACCCCAUACCUCCUAAACGCUAUAAAACGUUGCACAUAACGGACCCCAUAUCUCCUAAACUCUAUAUAGCAUUACAUAUAACGGACCCCGUAUCUCCUAAACUCUAUAUAGCGUUACAUAUAACGGACCACAUAUCUCCUAAACCCUAUAUGGCGUUGCAUAUAACGGACCCCAUACCGCUUAAACACUAUAUAGCGUUGAAUAUAACGGACCCCAUACCUCCUAAACGCUAUAAAACGUUGCAUAUAACGGACCCCGUACCUCCUAAACUCUAUAUAGCGUUACAUAUAACGGACCCCAUAUCUCCUAAACUCUAUAUAGCAUUACAUAUAACGGACCCCAUAUCUCCUAAACUCUAUAUAGCGUUACAUAUAACGGACCCCAUAUCUCCUAAACUCUAUAUAGCGUUACAUAUAAUGGACCCCAUACCUCCUAAACCCUAUAUAGCGUUACAUAUAACGGACCCCAUACUUCCUAAACCCUAUAUAGCGUUGGAUAUAACGGACCCCAUACCUUCUAAACCCUAUAUAGCGUUGCAUAUAACGGACCCCAUACCGUUUAAACACCAUAUAGCGUUGCAUAUAACGGACCCCAUACCUCCUAAACUCUAUACAGCGUUACAUAUAACGGACCCCAUACCUCCUAAACUCUAUAUAGCGUUACAUAUAACGGACCCUAUACCUCCUAAACCCUAUAUAGCGUUGCAUAUAUCGGACCCCAUACUUCCUAAACCCUAUAUAGCGUUACAUAUCACGGACCCCAUACUUCCUAAACCCUAUAUAGCAUUGCAAAUAACGGACCCCAUACCUCCUAAACCUUAUAUAGCGUUACAUAUAACGGACCCCAUACCUCCUAAACGCUAUAUAGCGUUACAUAUAACGGACCCCAUACCGCCUAAACGCUAUAUGGCAUAUAAUGAACCGCAUAUCGCUUAA